CACACACACACUCAUGGUUAGUCCUUCCCUGCUGACACACGCAUGUCACACACUCUGGGCUCUCGGUGACUCCAGUGAGAGCGGGACUGCUCUGCUCCAGCACCUGCCAGCACUGACUGAAGCAGCAGCAGCAGCACGCAGAGUAAGAAGAGGGGUGAGAGGAUAACAGCAGCCUGUCGCUUUGUGUGUACUCCACUCCCCUGGACUGGGCUCGGAGCUGAGGAUGGAGAACACGGGAGGAGCGGGAAGUGAGGGAACUCUCUGGGCCGAAAUGCUGCUGAGUAAAGUUGGUGGAUCUUUUUAACUUUUAACUUCUGAGGGUGUUGACACAGGACGUGAAAAAUAAGGUGGGACCCUCGCAGCAGAAUGGCAUCCAUCCUCACCGCCACGUGUCUCCUCCUCCUGGCACUGACUCACCCUGCCCUCUCCCAGGACGUCACCCCUGGGACGGCGACCAACCGCGACACCCUGAUCAUCCCCACCUCUUUGACUAACCAGACGACAGCAACGUAUGUGGAGACCACCCAGAACUCACCUCUGGAGACGGGUCUGUCCACCCCCAACAGCGGAGGGGAUGCCGAUGAUGAGGACGGGCCCCCGGUCGGCGGGACGCGAUGCCAGGGUUAUUACGAUGUGAUGGGACAAUGGGACCCUCCAUUCAACUGCAACGCCGGGGUCUUCCUCUACUGCUGCGGGACCUGCUUCUACCGCUUCUGCUGCCAGUUCCGGCAACAGCGACUGGAUCAGACCAUCUGCUCUAACUACGACACACCCAUCUGGGCCAACACCGGGAAACCCGUGGCCACCAUCACCGAGGGCCAGGAUGACCAGGACCGGGACCGCACCCACCUCAUCGUCUACAUCAUCUGUGGCGUGGUGGCCAUCAUGGUGCUGGUGGGCAUCUUCACCAAACUGGGCCUGGAGAAAAGUCGAGGGGGGAGUGGAGGAGGUGGAGCAGGAGGGCCGCAUGCUGAUCUCAACUCCAGGACUCUAACAGACCUGCUGAAGCAGCAGGGACCAGAAGUGAGUACAGUGGAGAGCACUGUGACCACGUCGCCUGAUGAAGGAAGAGCCAACGGAGUCUCCACCAGGAUGCUUCGGAGCAGAAGCGAGCAGUACCAUCUGAAUAACUCAGCGUACGGCCCGUUUGGACAGGGUCUCCCUCACCCACACAGCAACCAUAGCACAGUGGGACUCAACAAGUACACUUCCCUCAAAGCUGUGGCCGACAGCGCAACUCGCAGUUACUACAAGAGCUUUCCCCUCAUGGACUUUUCCCAAUACCAGCCAGUGGCGCCUCCUGCCCUCCACUCCGCGCAAGUGCAGCCUAAAGAAAAGUCCUACAUCCACCAGCCGCUGCCAGCACACCACGACCUGCACACCCCUCUCUCCAUCUCCAUCCCACCCAGUCACCUUGAGCAUUCACGUAUCCCUAAAACCACAACCCACCCACUGCUGGCCAGCUCUGCCUUCAAAGCCUGGGAGCCCUCCAGCCGGCACGUCCAGAGGCAGACCUCCGCCCCGGGCCACACUUCUGCAUCCAUGCACUCGUCCGCCCGCAGACAUGCCUACUCCACUCGAAGACAACUGAGCGUCGAAAACAUGCCAGAUCUUUUCAGUCAUCCCUAUAGAGGCGUGUAUAGUGGACCCCGGGAAGGUGCAGCACAUGGACAGCACUUCCAGGCGCAGCACAUCCAAGGGCAGCACCCUCCUCACCCCCCCUACUACCCGCAAACCAGGCCAAAGAGCUUCUCCACACACAGUGCAACGGAAGUGACUGUUUAAGUUGCAGUGGCAGACACAGUGCGAUUGUGCGCAGCAGAGGUUGAGUUUGAGCCAAAAAAUAUUACGUUUCCAAAACAAGGCACAAGGUACAGGAAGGUUUGACGUUUCAGCAUUGUUUACCGGAUAAUUUUAGACUGAAAUAGAACAACAAUAACAAAUGCCAGCGAACAGAAGUGAAAGAUUUGACCAAGUCAAGUUCUUACAAUGGCAGCCUACGACCAGUAGUUCUGCUGUCUACUUUGGACCAGAUGGACUGGUACAAACCCAGAUGGAGUCCCUCAUCACACUAAGUGCACCCCCAGUUUGCUCACUUUAGUUAGCCCUGACUCUGUAGUGUUUGCAUCUAUCAAGUUCUACUCAGUACUAUUGAAGUGCCCUCCAGUGAAACUCAUAACAACGUACACAUAGCCACGGAACAAACGGCAUGAAGCUACGUGAGCAAGACAAAGACGAAGGCCGCCUACCUCAUCCCUGUACUCAAACUCAUCAGCUAGAUAACUCAGGCUCUUCCACUAUUCUUCGACAACCACUGCCAGAUCAUCCUAGUCCACAGCUGCAGAGGCUUGAGGAUCGUUCACGGUCUGUUGACCUUCCUUCUCUUGCUUAUGGUCAUUAAGUUGGGUCAUGACCGAAAGAACGAGCUGCAAGUGGGUGAAAGGGUUUUCUUGGGCGCCGUCUGUCAAAGGCCUUUUGUAUAGAUAAGAGGCAGUUAAGAUCAGAUCCCACAUCUUUCAGGGUCUAACCCACACAUCCAGGUCAUAGGAGACCAAUGCUGAGAUUUAAAGACUCCCCCGCUUUGUGGAUACUACUCUCACUAACAGUUGGGCAUCUCUCCUGGUUCACUGUCUUUGACCUUGCUCUUAAAACAAGCUUCCAUCUCUUGGUCUACCUCCCUCGUGCUCGUUUCCACCCUGGCGCACUUUGCAUUCUGUGCCAUCAGGCCAAGUGCACAAGGACAGCAUCCCCGGGGUCACAUUAACUCUACGGUGAGGACAAUGCCACCGUCAUGUCAGUUCCCAUCAGCCUCCAUCCUCACCAGGGAGAGGAAGAGGAGCGAGAGCCAGGGGCCGGACUCUUUAGAAAAGAGCAGAAAGGGACGAGAGACGCAAACUACAUGUUUUCUUCCUGUGGGGCAGGAACAGAAAGAAGUCACUAUAGAUCUAGAUUUCUCACUUCUGCACCACUCAGAUCAUAACGCGAGAGUGCAUGGACCUGUUUGGAUGUGUAUUUUACUGCCUCCAGGCUUCUUCUCAAGGAAAUCCGUGAAGGCAUUUUCACGCCUGCAGCCUCAGACUUUGCUCAUCCACGAGAGCGGCUGCUGCUAUGGCAAAACAUGCAACAGUUGAUUCAGUCUUCGCUGUAGUCACUUGUGAACCUCAGGAACCAUGAACUAUGAGCCAGAGUCAGCGCACUAUUAUGCUCCUCAGUUUUGUGCAGAAAAGGUUCAUCUAUUUCCACUUUUAUACAUUUGUAUUGCUAUCUCUAAAUGCAUAUAUAUAUAUAUAUAUAUAUAUAUAUAUAUAUAUAUAUAUACACACAUAUACGUGCUUGGGAAAAAAGUUUAAUAAAAGAAAAAAUUAUUUUGCAUUAAAUUCCACCCCCUCUUUAAACUCAAGGUAGAACCAAAACACAAUAGUCACACAGUUUCUUGAUACGACCCCAACAUUAGGGGAGUUGUGAGUGUUGCUACGAAAGAAUGGUUGCAAGAUCAAAUCCAACCGAGACUCUAUUGUUUCACUAAAAGAGCAGGGUGAGUAUUCCCCUUGAGACGUCUACCCGGUGAGAGCCGUUUUCCUAGCAACACCUCAGUAUCACACAGCUAAGCUGCAGGGGGCUUGUCGAGAACGAUGCACGUGUGUUUGCUUGAUCACAAUUACCCUUCAGUACGGUCAGUAAUUGUGAACAGCAGUUUUUUAUCAUGUGACAUUUUGACACACAGGAGUUAUUUUUCAUCUUAUUGAACGGUAGAUAAGAAAUAAUAAAUAAAUAAUAAUAUAUAUUAUGCCAUCUUGACUUUGUUGCUGGACCAAGGAUGACUUGUUCAACUUGACCUUCCAUGUUUUUGUACUGUAUUUGCCCUCACAAAGCAAAUCAUUCAAACUUACACAAAGCACAGUUAAGAGUCAUCACAACAAAUCUUAUCAGUUGUCAAAGUAGUUUGCUAGAGGCUGAGGCAACUCCAGACUGGAACCAGCAGCGCUGCACAAGCAAUCACGCAAAUCACAAGUCUCUCUCUGAAGGCCCAAAUAUUUGUAUGUCUCCUUCUGAUAUAGAGAAAAACAUACCAGUCAUUUGUGCUUCUGUCAGCAAACAAAUUGCUGUAGUUUGUUACAGUUCACCCCAGGCUACAGGCUACUUUACACUGUACCAAUGUUUUGUUGUUUUCAAAUUUCAUGUUUAGUAGUGUAACACAUUUGCUUUCCAAGUUCAAAAUAAUUAGUCUGUUCUUCUGCAGGAAUAAUUCAACUCACCAGAUUGUACAUAGAGCAAAUAUCAUCACUAAUUUUACUUUGUAAAUAUUGUAUAUCCAGAUGAUAAAAGGUCCUUUAUAUUUUUCCGGGGCAAAAAAAGGGCUUUACUGGAAAAGCUUUUUGUCAACAUUUGAAAGAGUUUAAGUUGGAAAUGACGUUAUUUUGCUCAUAUGCUUCGUGAAACGUGAUGCUAAGUGCAUUUCCUAGGGAGUCGGUGUCUAUAUUGUGUGUUACAUUUUUCAAUAUGUACUGUUUUACUGCUUAAAAAUUGAACGCUCUAUGGUACUGAACUCUACCGGGCACUGAAAUAGUUCACUCGAUUAUACGCCGCAUAGACGCUUUUAGAACAGUGUUGGGUACAAGACGCUAUAUAAGGUGUAGAUGAAAAUGUGCAACCAAUGCAAGUUGGAUUUCUGUAUGUCACUGUACUGGUACAACUAAUUUACAUUAAGAUAUGUUACAAUAACAUUGUUAUCUGUACAGCAUUUGUGACACUUUUAAAAGAAAACAUUAAAAUAAAUAAUGGUAUUUAAACUUUGUUUUGUCGGCAUCUCUGUAUUUGGUAUCUAGAGAAGUACGACUUCAUCAAUCUCUAGUGGGUAUGUAUGUUGUGCCCAUUAAAAUGACUGUUACGCCAGAUAUGCAAGAAGAUGCCAGCAUAUUCCAGCUAGGUGUAUAUGGUCUACAAAUUAAUUUCUCAAAAAGAAUAGUUUGGUAGACACUUUUAAUAACACAAAUUGAUGUCAAUUUCAACCACUUCCAUAUGACUUUUAAAAUAAUGAAGUAUUGGAGAUGUCAAUGACAACAAAUUGUUGAUUAUACAUAUAUAAAAAAGGCAUGAAACCUCACCAGGUGUUGCCCUGAAAAAUAAAUAACACUUCACCAAACUAGGAAACCUUGUCCCGUCAUCUUUGUGCUGUCAGGGACACGGGCAACUCACAGGGCAAUAAAUAACACCAAAAACACAGAGAUGCGUUUCAAAAUUGCAUUAAAAUGAAGUACUUCAAAGUGCACAUCCAGAGUCCAGUUUGUACCGUUGAUAGUUUCAGAUGUUUUCACGAUUCGAUUGUUGUGAGGCAACGACACCAAGUGUCCGUUUCUGGAACUACAUGAAGCGGUGCCAUUUAAUUCCCCGCAACUUGCAGGGUGUUGAGAUGAAAGCAACAAAUUGCACAA